AUGGGCACCCGGCGGUCAGCAUUAGCACGAAUGCAAACAACAAUUACGGAGCGUGCCCUGCGUGAAGCAUGGCCAGGUCGGACAUAUGAGACCGUGGCUAUCGACACCAAUCUCGGCGACGCGGACAAGAAGACGGCGCUGCAUGAAAUGAACGCAAAGAACUUGUGGACACAUGAGCUCGAAGUCCUCCUCGACCAGGGAAAGCUGGACCUCAUUGUUCACUCUCUGAAGGGCAAGAUUGCACCUAACAUGCCCACCCAGCUCCCCCAAAACAUGAAAAUUGGCGCGAUCCUCCCUCGCGCGGACGCCCGUGACGCCGUAAUAAUUCACCCAAAAUACGCUGAAACUCACAAGACCCUCGCCACCCUUCCUGAAGGUUCUGUCAUUGGUACAUCCUCCCUCCGUCGUUCUGCACAACUCAAGCUGCGCUAUAAGCACCUCAAAUUCGCCAACCUGCGCGGUAACGUCGGUACACGACUCGCCAAACUCGAUGCGCCAGACUCAGAAUACGCGGCCAUCAUCCUGGCUGCUGCCGGUAUACUUCGGCUGGGUUUGGGAAACCGGAUCUCGAGUAACCUGAGUAGCAACCCGGACGAAGGCAAUGUACUACAUGCAGUUGGCCAAGGCGCGAUCGGGAUUGAGAUUAAAAGCGAGGACAUAGCGACUCAGAAAUUACUAGAGAAGAUACAGUGUCCAUGGACCACCAAGGCGUGCCUCGCGGAGCGCAGCUUGAUGAGGACACUAGAGGGUGGGUGUAGUGUACCCAUCGGGGUGGAAACGAGUUGGCGAAAGGUCAAAGAUGGCGUUGCAACCGGUGUCCAGCCUGCAGCCGACUAUGAUCACGCCGGGGCUGCGGUGCAGGGAGAGAGUCGAUUCACGGACGAUCUAACAAUGAAGGCGAUUGUGGUGGGCCUAGAGGGCGAGGAGUCUGCGGAAAUCCAGCUGACAAAGAAGGUUGCAACGAAUCAUGAUGCGGAGGAGUUCGGGAUUGAGGCCGCGAGGCUCUUGGUCGAAAAAGGUGCUGAUAAGAUUUUACAAAAGAUCGUCCUAAACAGGCGCAUUAUAGAGGAGCAAGGCGGUGCUUAG